UAAAGGCAUUACUGCAGCAGCGGCAGUGAGGGAGGUUGUGGUACCUCUCUACCCUGGCGUGUGUCCCUACACCGCCUCCGUCACCACCCACGCCACCGUGAUCACCCGCGCCACCGUGAUCACCCGCGCCGCCGUGAUCACCCGCGCCACUGUGAUAACCUCCCGCAUGUGAUUAUCCCCCUGUGCCUCCUGACGAAGGCGUACCGCACCUGGUGCCUAAAUACCUGCGCCUGAAGUUACCUGGUACCUAAGGAGCACUUUCCGACGAAGGUAAUUGGGAGUGAUCUGUCUUCUGGCAGAAGAGGCAAAUCCACCACACAGGCGCUGAGUCAUGGUAUGCGAGGCGCCCAGGGCCAGGUCACUGCUGGUCAGCAAGAAGGGCAGCUUUCUCGAGGACCCCUUCUUCAGGGAUGCCUGGGGCGACUACAACAAUGCCGUCAGGAGGAUCGUCGAUAGGUUCAACCAUGGGGGAAUGUUCGCACCGCGUGACAGAUUGCGAGAUUCUCACUACCACUCCAUGUACCGCACACUGCGCUCAGCACGCAUCAACUAUGCGGCCCAGGCUGCCAGGUUCAAGGACGAGGGUACUGUUUAUAAGCUUGUGAUGGACGUGCGGGAAUUUGUGGGUGGUGAUGUGACGGUACGUACCGCGGGAGGUACACUGUCAGUGCGUGGGAGGCUGGAGGUGGGUGCUGACAGCGAUAGUACCUCUACCUCGUCCAAGACAUCCUCAGCUCGCACUCUACACCGUCGCUUUAACCUCCCUCCGGACGCUGACGGAGAGAAAGUAGAGUCCAUCCUCUCCCGGGAUGCUGUCCUCACAGUUACUAUUCCUAAAAGAACUGAUGUGCGAGUGAUUCCUGUAACUGUGGAGGGUGAUGCAGCAGCGGGUAAUAGGAGUGCCACUAAGCGGCAUUCUGCCACUCAGCCUGACCCGGGACCAACACCCAGCAAGAGACCACAAGACCACCACACUCACACACACAAAGACCAAUACUCGGCGCCCAGAGACAGAAGUACAAGCAGGGGCAGACAAACCUUUGGAUUGACUUCGAGCAGAGAAAGGGAUCAAAGCCUUGAUAAUGAGAGGAAGAGCAGAAGAGAAAAAGAAGAUGAAUUACUGUGGUCUAAAGACAGAACGAGUAGAAGAGGAAGCGAUACAUUCACAGGUGGAGGCAGCAGAGAUGACAACCUUGAAUACAGAAGGAAAAGUUACCCUGAGGGUGCACUAAGAGCGGCCCACCAUGACAUCGCUGAUAAUGUUAGCGGCAGCAGAAGAAGGAACAGAGACAUAGAAGAAGAGGAGCUAGAAAAUAAAGCCAGUCACAGGAACCGCAGAACUUCCAAAUAUGAAGAAGCAAAGGAAAUCAGCAUCCCAAUCCGUAUUGAGCAUUUAGAUGACACUGAGAAGGUUGGCCAGUAUCCCGUUGCUACCACCGAGGCUGACAAAGGUAUAACAACUGCAUCACAAAGUAUAAACAUGCACGAUAAGAUGCGUUCCCAAGAAAAAGAAAAACAGCGACCAGUGGUGCGUGAGGAGGUAAACAAAGAGACGUCAAAACCCUCUGGCAAGAGUAGCUACACUUUCCCCACAGACAAGUCCACUAUUAACAAGGUUUGCGAGAAGGAAAACAUCAAACCGCCUGAAGGUGAUGUCUGCUGGACAUAUUCUAAUGCAUACAUAAGCAAUUCUCGAGCUGAUGACAAUAGCCGCGAAAAGCAGCUAAAUGGAACCAGAAUACCUGGAUGUAAAGAGAAGUCUAACUAUAAGACAUAUAAGAGCCAGGAGGAGCCGGAGGUGCAGGUGCUGACCCCGGACACCACAGUGUCAUCUGAUGCUGAGAAUAACACUCAAGACAAGAAGCAGAAACAUAAAGACAGUAUUGAGGACCAAGAUGUUGCACAAGCAAAGCAGAUGGAUGAAAGGCAGAAAGAAAGAGCAGUUAAGAGUAACUAUUUGGGAAAUACUUCCAGAGACUCAGAAUCUUGUGAGGGUCGAAGCAAGUCUCCUUUUGGAGGUCGUGAAGUGAAAGUUGAGAAGAAACAAUCGGACAUGGAGGGUGACAUGUUCAAGGACUGUUGGCAGAACUUCAGCAGCACAUUACAGGAAGUGCUAGCUCGUUUACAAGAGUUGUCAUCUGAGCUGGGACAGCCUAAAACUCACACGAAGACAUCACCGCCUUCCUCGGCAGAUGUCCUCACUGAAAGGCACAAACAAGCAUCACACAGCACUUCCCAGUUGCCAACCAGUACCCAGGUGUCCAGCAGGAGCACUCCAAGCCAGGAGGAAGACAAAUAUCAGACUUCUGUAGCCACAGAAGGCAGCGACUGGGUGGCAGGGAAAACAGGAACAGCAGUAGGUGUGGGAAGAAGGCCGCCCACGACCCCGCCUCCCGUAUAUGCAGAGGAGAGGUCAGCCACAAGGCCAGGGUCAAAUGCUCAUGGUACAACAUAUACUAGAGAUAUUCUCACACAGCAAGACACACAUGUGCCGAAAACAAACCAAAGUCUCGAGGCGGAUAAGCAAGGAACUCAACAGGUGAGUGGGUCGAGCGUAUCGAAAAACACAGAGAGGGUGCCAUGGCAAGGUAGUGGUGGUGGCGGAGGUAGAGGUGGGGCGCGAGCCAGGGAUAACACCAGGCCGGUCAGUCUUGUCCUGCUUGAUGGUGCACCAGGCGACGCCGUAAGGCACCACACACCCAUGAACCUCAUCCUUGAUCCCUGCAGUUCUGAUGCCUUGUCACAUCAAGUAUCAAAAUUCCAAAGAAAUGGUUCAUCUGGUCCUCGUCCUCGGCCCACUAGCCUCGAUGUGUCUCAGGAGGGAUCUCUCUUGAAGAACCUGAGGAAAAGCAGUCCAGUGGAUGCACUCAAGGACAGAUUUCUAAGUCAUUUGACUCCUACAAGUGAAUCGUCACCUAGUCUUACAGACGUGCACUAUAUUCCUGUAGCAGUAGAGGCCAACAAGACUGUCCGCACGAGUGGUAAUGUUGGCGAGGUCACACAGGCUUCUCGUGCAGCUGCCGAGGUGCCGCUGUCUCAACGUCGUGGUAGAGGCGUGAAUACUCUUGUGAUAGCGGAUGAUGAUCAGAGCAGCACAACAUCUAGUCAGGCGAGUACAGCCACAGAAGAGGACAGCAGUGCUACAGUGUCACGUGCAGGUAGCCAGGGUGGUGUUAACAACGAGGACGAGUGGAGGCUGCCCAGGAAGGCUGCCCACCUGGCAGAUAAGACCAUAACUGGCAACUCCAGUGUUCUGAAUCUUUGUCCUGACCUGCCCAAGUCGCAACACUCUUCCAGCACUAGUAGUAGCAGUGCUGACUCACGCGCUAAGCUUGAUGGUAUCGCCAGUGGUGGUGUGUGUGGUGGGUUUCAGCUAAAGCCCAGCCCACGCUUAUCCUCCCCAUCAGACUCGGAUCCAGACGUCGAUAAGAUCAUCAGUCACGCUGAACGGGUCAUCGAAGAAACGAGGAGAUUAUCGGCUAGCUCCACUAAUGACCUCCCACCUGUGAAUGAUUUAGGCCAAGUUAAACCAAACAGAAUAAAGAGAGAAACCGUGAAGCAUACCUCUAAACUACCAGGAUUUAAUUUAGCUCCAAACAUAGAGACUCGGGCCUCGCCUGAGUCCAACUUUGUCGAGAUACAAGACGAAGACUCUGAGGAAGAGGUUAAAACAAGUGAUAACGAAUCACAGGUGGUGGUAGAGGGCUGCCUUUCUAUACCACUGCCUAGGUCGGUGGGCCGCCCCCGCCCACCUCAACACAAGCCCCCAUCCGAACAGUGGCCUCGCCGCCCACUGCCCACACAUGUUGCUACACCGCCCACUGGUAGCAACUCUCUGAUCAUUGAGGCUGUUGACGAUAAUGAUGACGUCGCCCAGUGUGAGGAAGUUAAGCCCACAAUAGUAACGAGUCCAGAAAUACAGAGUAGUGACGUCAUGGGUUGUGCACGGGAGAGGGGGCGGGGGGGUACCAAGGCCCCCACGCCCCUGCAGGAGCCGCCCCCACCCAGCACCUUCACACAUCAAGACCAGCCCACCACCGCACCUCGCCGCCCCUCCAGCCGCGAGAGGAUGGGCGGCCUAUUCUCACGUGGGCGCUCUGACGACCCCGCCCGUCACACGCCGCCCACCACACCAACUGUCACAACUACCACUAGAAAUAAGGCUCCCUCACCGACGCCUUCCACGCCCACACGCACGCCCAAGCUGCGUGAGCGUUCCUGCACGCCACAGAAGAGCCGCAUGCCACCAUAUGUUAGGCAAAAGUCGGACACUUCAAAAAGACACAGUGGCUUCAGUCACGUACAGUCCGACAAUGUACGUAAGAUGCGUGAAGCUUGGAGCUUCAAGCAGGAGUCCCCAGUGCAGCAGCGGCGGGGCGUAGGCGUGCACCCUAGCCCACCGCCCUCACCAAGGCGCGCCCACGACUCACCGGGGAGGUCCUCCUCCAGAAGCACACCCACGCGAGACACAGCGAUCAGAAGCACGCCACACGAGAUACAGCGGGCAGAAGCACGCCCACGCAAGACACAGCAGGCAGAAGCACGCCCACACGAGAUACAGCGGGCAGGACGCCCACACGUGAUACAGCAGGCAGAAGCGCGCCCACGCGAGAGACAGCGGGCAGAAGCACGCCCACGCGAGAGACAGCGGGCAGAAGCACGCCCACGCGAGAGACAGGGACUAGGUCGCCCACUAGGAGCAACAACUAUCACAACUCCACAUUCAGUAGUAGAAGUAGAAGCAGUUCAUCUCCACGUCGCUCCAGCACAUCAAGCAGUGAUGGUGCUGCUGCUGCGCCUGGAGUCCGCAAUGGUGGCAGCAACACUUAUGCCACAGCUAAGUCAGGGCGGCCACUGGCGGACACUUAUAGCUCAGGUGCGGCGACGGCGGCUGGUAGCAGAGCGUCGGCCCGCCCGAGCCGCCCGGCGCCCGCCACCACCACCGCCGCCCUCAGACACGCCGCCCGCCUCGCCUUUCCACCAAAAAAUAUUCCGGAGACUACGGGACUCGAGUCUUCAACCUGACAGUGAGACCAUCUGCUUCACCGAGGAGGCUGACAGAUACAAGCUGGUGAUGGACGUAGAAGAGUAUGUACCUGGAGAGAUCGAGGUCCUUCAGGAUGACAAGCACCUGACGGUGAAGGGUCGAGUGGAGACCACGCAGGGAGGCAACACCACCACCAGGACCUUCCACAGAAAUUUCCACAUCCCUCACAACACCCGCGAGGAGGACAUUGACUCGGCACUCUCAAGAGAUGGCAUCCUGACCGUCUACGUCCCCAAGAAGAAGGAGCGAGUAAUAAGAAUAGAACUGACGGACUAACUGUAAAGAACAGUGAGUGACGGAGGCUUACACUGCGUAGUGGCUGACGUAGGCCAACACGGCGAUGACAGCAACAUAUCAGUCCUGCCAGUGACACCAUGAUUCUCUCAGUGUAUCAGAUACAACAGGCAGGGGUGUAGCAAGAUCAACUGGUACACACCCAACACUGAGACCACCGCUCCGUCUCACUGAUGGGGGAGAGGACGCUCGCCAUGGUCAUAGUGCCAGAUUCACAAUUUUGUGAGGAGACACCACCGCUAGUAGCAGUACACGCCAGCAGUUGCUUCUUGUCGUACAUUUGCACGAUCAUCGUAUGACACAAACCAUGUCAAGUGGUUUUCUCAGUGGACUUUAGCACCAAGGCUUCAUUCACUACGCCAUUAUGGCUCGCCAUUCACUCUUAAGUCGUUGCAUUUGUAACAUCACGCUAAUUGCGGUUGCAUCCUGCCACAACAUCGUGCAAGCACAAUUAGCGUGAUGUAAUG